AUGAGCACCGUGUGCCGCUCCGUGGAGUUCGGACUUCGCGUGAUCGGCAUGUGGCCGGGCACGUCGAUCUCCCGUGGACUCUCCUACAUAUCUCUGAUGGCGAUGUUUCAGGUCUUUCAGUACAGAUACCUGUUCGCUCACUUCAGCGAGCAGGACCUCUCGCUCUUCAUGGACGUUCUGAGCGCUACCAUGGCUUACAGCUUGCUGUUCAUCAAGCUGAUACUCCUUGCCUGCAAUGCACGUCUGCUCGAUGAAAUCAUAGCAUGCGUGGCCGAGGACUGGAAAGAGCGCGACGCGUCCGACGAGCACGCAAUGACCAGGAUGGCUUUCGCCGCUCGUCGCUUCUCCAAUUUGAUCAUCGCCUCGGGCGCGACGUCGGUCUUAUUCUACGCCACUGGCACCCUCAUGUUACGCAAGAAUGACAAUCGGACCGUAGACCGGGAACUCUUCCUCAAAAUGGAUCUGCCCUUCGACAUCGAGAACGGAUCUGUCUACGUAGCUGUUCUCGUUACACAGUUCAUUCAUCAGAUGAGCGCCGCUGGUAUCUUGGCUAUGUUGGAUGCCUUGCUGUUGACUUUGGUUCUUCAUGUGUGCGGACAAAUUGACAUAGUGCAGCAAAAAUUGAGCACAAUCACCCGGAAGGAUAUCGAGCGAGAUACAUGCAUGGUGAAAAUACUGGUCAUUCGACAUCAGAGGAUUAUCUCCUUCUCCAAGAACAUCGAGACUCUGUUCUCGAAAAUCGCGCUAAUACAAUUUCUAUCGGACACUCUGAUCAUCUGUUGCCUGGGCUUUCUCAUCGUGAUCUCCAUUAAUAUCCCGAAUGGGACGACGAUGUUGGUGAAGUCUGUAUUGUUUUACAUCAGCAUCGGCAUGCAAGCGUUUAUAUUUUGUUUCGUCGGAGAGUAUCUCAGUUCAAAGGUCAGUGUAUUUAUUAUAAGGCACACUAAGGAAGCUUGCCGUGUGUUGCAGAGCGAAAUGAUCGGCGACGCGGCAUACGAAUCGCUCUGGUACGAUCUGAAGCCGAAUGAAAAUCGCGAUCUUUUCUUCAUGAUCGUGAGAUCGCAGAAGCGUCUGACGCUCACCGCCGGCAAGUUUGUGAAUCUUUCCUUGAGGCAAUUCGGCAACAUCGUGAAAGCCUCGGCGUCAUACAUGUCGGUGUUACACGCGAUGUACUGA